AUGGCUGUUCAUCGUUAUGACCAAGAAGAUAUCGCUAUAUAUUGGGACUAUGGUUCGUGUACAAUGCUUUCCCAGUAUUCCUCUAGCUUGGCUAAGGUGUAUUCUACUCUCCCAGACACCACUCGAUCAACGAGCGCUAGUGGUGCUGUGUCCACCUAUGAUCUUGUGAAAAACAUCCGAGCGGCUAUUGCGCCCUUUGGACCCAUAAAAUCAUUUCGAGCAUACUCCGAUUUCUCAUUGACACCCUCCUUUGGGCUUAAAUCCACGAACAUUCGUUCGGAACUGUCGUCAUCGGGUGUAUCGUUAGUAGAUUGUCCAAGCGAUGGCCGAAAAGAACUCUGCACGAAAAUCAUGCUAGUGGAUAUUCUUAUCAAUGCAUGGGACCAUAAACCGCCAUAUACAUUUCUGAUUAUCACUGGAGAUCGAGACCUAGCAUAUGCAGUUUCGACUCUACGAACACGCCGAUAUAGAGUCAUCAUCAUCUGUCCUACGGCGACACAUCUAGAUUUAACUGCACAGGCGUCAGCGCAAUUAGAUUGGAGUCGAGUUGUGCUUGGAAUGGAUAAUGGACCGACAGAUUCCCCCGAGCCUCAUCUGCCGCCCAAAGACCCCCCGAUCUCUUCGUCCUUUGGUAUGCGGCGUCAAUCUGAAACGACGAACGACACUCACACGCACGUCCAAUACAUAUCAGCCACCAACACCACCAACACCAACAGCACCCUCAAAUCGGCAUCCAAAGAUCGCGGAGGCGGAGGCGGAGGCGGCGUGCUUGCCCACGCCGGCAUGAAAUCCAACACCGAGCUACCCAUGGCAGACCAUAACGGACCCCUGCGUGGGCGUCGGAACUCGCUAUUCUCGUCGUACGAUGCGCGCAAGUACAGCGUUUUUGGUGAUCUUGAUCGCGACUAUCCUGUGACUGCUGUUGGAAUUGGGUCUUUUGGCCUCGGAGACGGCCCGUUGUUCCCUCGAACGCGGUCUCAAGGCGGAGCGCAGUCGAGAGCGGACUCGGCGCCUCCCAACAUCCAGUACUCGACAAACCCACCAACACCUCGUGAAGAAGCCUUCGUACUUCCCUCAACAAACAAAGGAAAGCAGAAGGAUGCUCAGAUCUAUGAACCAGAGAACAUAUUCCCGCUCAUUCCUGCCGAGUUUCCUAAGAGCGUUCCUUAUUCAGGCAGCAUCUUUGAGCCGUUUGGGAGUUCUGAUCCAUUCCACUUUUCUAAAUCUCCUCCUCCCAAGUCUCCUCGUCAGAUCGCAGAAAAAUUCUCAGGGACACUGAGUAUGUCUCCUUCCUCCAAGUCAGAAUCUCUCACACGUUUUUCUGCUUUGCACACCGAGGUGUCGACAGCACCAACUUCUGCUGAUCCGGCGUCUCUCGCUGACAAGAGUGAUUUGACGAUCAAACCUCCGUCAAGCAAAAAAAUAGAUAGUCCAAAGCCAGCGCCUACCUUAACCCAUGGCACCGUAGCUUCGUCGCGCCAAAAUUCUUCAGAAACCGCUGCCUCCGCCACUGGCAGUGCGACUGCAGAAAAAAUUGACGAAUUCACUGCGAAGCAUAAGGAGUCCAAAGCCACGAGUCCAAUAAUUUUUGAGGCUUUUAAACCCGUGCAGUCUGUUAGUACCCCUGUGCCUUCGACAGCUACGGCAGAGAGGAAAACUCCUAGUCCACCUACGGUGCAAUCAAAACCAGCCAUGCCUUUCAUCCCGCCCGUAGCAACUGCUGUCAAGCCUGCCCCCGCGCCUUCUCCAACCCCUCCCAAGAGGUCGAGGGCCAACACGACGGCGACAUCCAUUCCAGCCUCCAGACCCAGCACACCCCAAGUUGCACCUGCCAGAUCAAGCACACCCCAAGUUGCACCUGCCAGAUCAAGUACACCCCAAGUCGUGCCUACCAGAUCCAGCACACCCACAGUUGCGCCUGCAAGUUCCAGCACACCCCAAGUUGUACCAGCAAUAUACGCCACUCUAGUACAAACGCUGCGCGAGGAACGAAAGCGUCACCCGACAGGCGUCACGAAAAGUUGGCUAGGAGCCAGACUGGUCAAGAAGAAUCCCAACCUUUAUCAGCAGGCUGGGGUGUCCAGAUUUGGGGCGUACAUCUCAAAAGCUGUGACUGCGGGUGUGGUAGUCGAAAGAAUCGUGGAGGACGAACCAGGCGUUGCACUUCACCCUUCGCUUAUGUGA